CGCUAAAGUGGAAAGAGGCGAUAGGGAGGUCAGCAUGAGAAGUAGGUGGUCUGGGUAGUCGUUGCAACAGGGAAAACUUCGACGCUUUUAAAGCCAUUGCUCGUUGUUUUCCUUGUGGUCUCUUUGUUCUGUAGUGUCUGUAUGUAAAACAGCAGCGUUUCAAUCAAGAUGUCAGUCCAAGAGGAAGGCCGUGCUCAUUCUUCCUCGAUGGACGAUUUCAUGCCCCCUUUUCCACCUGGACCUUUGGAUAAGUAUCGCAAGCUUGCAUCCUUCGACUGGAGGAAGUUGAAGAUUGCAUUAGAAGGCGAAGACAUUAUUAGAUUUAAGGAGAAGGUUUUCAGGACGCUAGAGAACGAUCCCCUGUUUGCGAGACAGCCAUUUGACGACGUCACGCUCGAAGAACAUCGCCGCCUGUGCUUCCGGCGGAUGAAACGCAUUUUUGAGUACCAGUUUUACAGCCAAGAAGAGUUUUUCCAGAACCCAUUCCUCUCCUCAGCAUGUAACAAUUCCAUCGGGGCUUACGACUGGUCCCUGGCUGUGAAAAAAAUCCUCUGCUUUGAUAUGUUUAUAGGCUCCGUGAGAGGACUUGGCACCAAGCGACACAUGAGAAUCUUUGAUGACAUUUUGAAGUUUGAGGCUGCAGGAUGUUUUGCUUUAACCGAGCUGAGUCACGGAACAAACACGCGCGGAAUGCGUACGAGGGCCGUUUACGAUCCGGCAACACAGGAAUUUGUGCUCGAUACUCCCGACAUUGAAGCGACGAAGGUGUGGUCGGGCAACAUGGGACAGACAGCAACAGAUACUAUACUCUUUGCGCAACUCUUCACGCCCGACAGCCAGUGUCAUGGCUUGCACGCCUUCCUCGUUCCCAUCAGGAAUCGAAGAACGUUGCUUCCGUUCCCUGGUGUGGUUGUUGGAGACAUGGGUCCAAAGCUGGGCCUCAACGGUAUUGACAAUGGGUUUCUAGCGUUCCAUGGCUACCGUAUUCCGCGAGAGAACCUUCUCAACAGGACUAGUGACGUUACGCCAGAAGGUCAAUAUGUGACACCUGUGAAGGAUCCCAAGAAACGGUUUGGAAUGACGCUCGGCUCUCUCUCCAUGGGUAGAGUCGCGAUCGUUGGAAUCUGCACGACAAACCUUAUCAAGGCCAUGGUGAUCUCAACCCGCUACUCGGCCGUGCGGAGGCAGUUCGGACCCGAAAACGAAGAGGAAUUGCCCGUCAUUGAGUACCAACUUCAGCAAUGGCGUCUUUUACCCUACCUGGCAGCUGCUCACGUUAUGAAUUAUUACUCUUCUGCUCUCUACAAAGAGUUCGUCAGUUUUCACAUUGCGGUUAUGUUUGGAGAAAAGUCUCCGGAAGUUUCUGAGCAAGGUGUAGAGCUGCACAUUCUAUCAUGUGCCGCAAAAUGUAAAGCUGGCUGGUUGGCCAGGGAUGCUAUCCAGGAAAGCCGUGAAGCCUGCGGAGGACAUGGAUAUCUAAAAGCAUCGGGACUCGGCGACCUCCGCAACGACAAUGACGCAAACUGCACUUACGAGGGAGAUAACAACGUGCUUUUACAGCAGACGAGCAACGCGUUAGUCAUGAUGAUGCAAAAUAAGAAAGCGGGUCAGAGCCUACCGUCGUCUAUGGCAACCAUACAGUUCCUCAACAACAUGGAUUCCAUUCUGCAAGAGACGUUCUCUGCAAGGACUGUCGACGAAGUGUUAAACAUUGAUGUAAUCUUGUCCGCGUACAAGUGGAUUGCUUGUUAUCUUCUGAAAACAAGUGAAGAGAAAUAUGCAGCAUUGCAGUCUGAGGGUCAGUGUCAGUUCACUGCAAGGAACAAUUCCCAGGCGUUCUGCAUGCGAGAACUUGCCCUGGCAUACAUUGAGCAUACCAUAGUGGAGAAGUUCCAGGGUUUCAUCAACGACGUCAAGGACCCCCAGCUAGCUGUAGUUUUGCAGAGGCUCAACACCUUAUUUGGACUGUGGAGUUUAGAGAAGCGCCUUGGAGAUCUUUACGGUGGCGGGUUCUGUACUGGCGAGACGCCAAAGGUCCUCAUACGGGAAGGAAUUCUCCAACUCUGCAGUGACCUGAAGAAUGACGCUGUUGCGCUGGCUGACGUGAUAGCGCCUCCCGACAUUGCCCUCAAUUCCAUUCUUGGAUGCUCAGAUGGGCAAGUGUACAAGAAGCUGUAUCAAUCAUUCCUCCAUUCCCCAGGGAGUAUGCAGAGAGCCCCAUGGUGGAAAGAAUUUCUGGACAAGCCUGUAAUGGGCUCCCUUUUAGCAAAGUUGUAAGGUGCCAUUUAAUGAAGAGACUACAUGGUUGUGUUGUAAUAUCCUUUUUACGGCGCUCAGAAUCCAUUUGCUGUGGAUUCUGGGCAAGGCGCAAUAGUGCACCAUCGUUUUUAUGUCAAUAUAUUUUACACUAUUAUUGUUAUAAAGCUUUUAUAGCAUCGUAUACGCAUGGUGAUGGCCACGGUAUACCUUGUUUGUUAUCACGUGUUACGUACACACAUGUUCACCUCAGACAACCUGUGAUGUAGUGAAUAUUCGAGAUUGGCAAUAUAUUUCAGUACUGAACCGUG